AACGGCAGUACAGUUCACCUACUGUCCUCCAAACUCAAACCUCUCAGCUCUCAUUUCAUCGCCUGGCACAAAGCUUUGUGAUCUCAUACGUCAAGACAUACGCGCUGUGCUCUUCCUGGCAGAUAUUGCAUACUUCUGAGACUUCUUCUUUCUAUGCAAUAGAUCAAGUUUAUCAUCUUGGUAAUUUUAGGUCGAUAGAUAUUUGUAGCUGGACUGGAGAACCUUUAGAACAUAUGCUUCUGGCAUGGCUUCAAGCUGAAUUUAACCAUCUACAUUGGAAGUAACCAUAAAAUCUACUGCGAAUGUAAAAGGAUGGCACUGUUAGCGUUUAAAGAUGCCUUCUGGUGUUCAGAUUUGAGUCUAAAUGCAGGCUAUGAAGUUAUUCUUCAGAGAUUACUGGAUGGCAGGAGGUUUUGUAAAGAUGUGGAGGACCUUCUGAAGCAGAGGGCCAUUGCAGAAGAAAAAUAUGGAAAAGAAUUAAUUCAAAUUGCAAAAAAGGCAGCAGGACUGACAGAAAUCAACAAACUACGCGAAUCCUUUGAAACUUUAAAACAACAAAUUGAGAGUAUUGGAAAUUCGCAUAUCCAGCUUGCAACAACAUUAAAAGAAGAGAUCCUCAGUUUGGAAGACUUCAGACAGAGGCAAAAGGCGCUGAGGAAAAAGUAUGAAAAUGCUAUGGAGAAACUCCAGAAGAAUAAAGUGACAAUGUACAAGAAGACCAUGGAUUCAAAGAAAAAUUAUGAGCAAAAGUGCAAAGAGGCAGAGGAAGCUCAGCAAAGCUUUGAACGUAUGGCUAUAGCCGGAAAUGCUAAGCAAGUAGAGAAGACCCAGAGUAAAGUGAAACAUUGUAAAGAAGCAGCUCAAGAUGCAGACCAAUUAUACAAGCAAAAUAUUACUUUACUGGAAAAAGCUCGACUUGAAUGGGAGACAGAACAUGUUAACACCUGUGAGGCAUUUGAACAGCAGGAGAACGACCGGAUCAGUAUACUGCGCAACUCCCUCUGGGUUCAUUCCAACCAGUUUUCCAUGCAGUGUGUGAAGGAUGACGAGAUGCUGGAAGUUGUCAGACAAAGUUUGGAAGAAUGUGAUGUGGAAGCUGAACUUAAUUUCUUUAUUCAGGCCAAAACCACAGGAAGGAUUCCACCUGACCCUGUGUUCUAUGAGAGUUAUAGUAAUAAUGGAAUUAGCCCUCAUACCAACAGCAGUAAAGUGAUGAAAAGAAUUUCUAACCUCCUGCAUGGCUGUGGUGGAAGUACCAAGAACCUAUCAGAUGUGAACAUCUGUCCGUCCUCCGUGACAGGGGAUUCAGAAUAUGCCAGUGUAUCCAUAGUUCCUAGAGAAGACCCCACUGAGCUGGACACAGGAUCGGCAGACUACACUGUGAUCUAUGAUUACACUGCCCAAAGCACAGAGGAACUGGAUAUUAGUGCUGGAGACGUGGUACGGGUGAUAGAAGAAGGUGAAGAUGGUUGGUGGACUGUGGAGAGAAAUGGGCAUACUGGCCUUGUGCCGGGGUCUUACCUUAACAAGCUAUGAGAGACAUUUCCAGAUAUGGAUAACGGCUAGAAAUAUGUUCUAUACUACAGACUGGGUGUUCUCUGUAAUUUUCUGAUCCAUAUUUUGUGCACAGGAUGGCAGAUAAUGUGUUUGUCCUCACUGUAAAUUAUAAAUCUAUACUGUAAACUGUAUCAUGGAGAAAUUAGCAGCCUUGUCAGAGCUGCACACAUGAAUAUAUUUUCCAUAGAAAAGUUAUCACAAAAAUUCUUAAAGAACCAUUGCUCAAAUUACUUCAGUGUGUCACUAGAGAAAUUAUAUAUGUUUGAAGGGAAUCUGCCAACAUGAAAAUGCAAACUAAUAUGCAGGCAGCAUGUUAUAGAUCAGGAGAGGCAGAGCAGAUUCUGUACACUCAGUAAAACCUAUAUUUUAUUGAUCUAAAGGUUUACUCUUUUUGAGCUAAGGAGUCAUGUUGGCAGUCUCACUCAGUGCCCUUCUCUAUAUACACAAAUACCUAUGUAGCGCAGCACCUCCGUACCUUCUUGACUCAAUUUAGGAGUUAUGCAUCAGCCAGCCUCGGGCCCCCGAUCCACAGUAGCCCACCAAUAGACGUUCAAUUAGUAGAUGGCGGCAGCAUUAUUCUCAAUCAAUUCUUUAUUCAUUCAUUAAUCCAUGAAAUAGGUACAAAAAACGACCAAUAAAAACAGCAACGUUUCGACUACUGCGUAGUCUUUAUCAAGCUUAGCAUACAUUGCUUACUCCAAACAUUUAUACCCUAUAUGCCACCCCCUUUAACUCACAUAUCACCAAUCAUACUAAACCCGC